AUGAAGGUUACCUCCGCGAUCAAAGCGAAAUGCGCCAAGAGCCGUAAGAAGGGAAGACCGAAGAGAGGCGCAAAGACAUCUCCACCUCCGCCUGCACCUCCAUCUGCAUCUCCCAAGGGAAGUCCUAGAUCCGGCCAAAAUACGGGAUCAAAGACAUCCAAACCCACGCCCACAGCUGCGAAGGGGAAGGGCAAAGGCAAAUGGAAAGGAAAAGAGAGAGCAAAGUCCCCGUCCAAGUCCGAUGAAGACCCGAAGAGAGAAUGCAGUAUAUCGAACAUCCUACAGCCGCUGAGAGAGCGUAUGCGUCUGCGUAGCUCUGGCGGGGAAGGGGAGCAGGUGAAUAUACCGUUUACGAAGCAUAAUAUAGACGCCUACCUUAUUGAGAAAGGGACGUUUGAUGCUGUUGAUGUGCGGCGGGAGGAGGUGUUGAAGUUGGGCGAAGGGGUGUUUCGGGUUGGGGAGGGGGUGGUGCCUGAGGAUGAUGAGGAUGAUCUGUGCUGGCAGCGGGCGCCGGACUUGAAGGUGCGGAAGAAGGAGAGGGCGCGGCGGAGGGUGGAGGAGUGGUUGGAUGAUGUUUAUAGUAUGAGAUGA